AUGAGUAACCAUAACAACGUCCUCCAUCUGCCCAGCACCCUCCGCGUCAUCUCCCUCAAUUGCUGGGGCCUGAAGUUCCUUUCCAAACACCGACACGAGCGCCUCACGGAAAUCGGCCGACAAAUUGCCCAAGCUUCACCCACGCCGCACAUUGUCGGUCUCCAAGAAUGCUGGACUCAGCAAGAUUACCUCGCCAUCCGUGAAUUGACCAAAGAUAUCUUACCUCAUGGCAAAUUCUAUUGGUCUGGAAUUUUUGGUGGCGGACUGGCGAUCCUUUCGAAAUGGCCGAUUGAAGAAAGUAGUAUGUAUCGCUACCCUUUGAAUGGACGACCGGCGGCUUUUUUCAGAGGUGAUUGGUAUGUGGGCAAAGGUGUUGCGUCCGCGAGGAUUAGGAUUGGCGCUGGAGUGAAGGAUGUUGUGGAGGUGUUUUGUACGCAUCUUCAUGCGCCGUAUGAGAGGGAACCGAAUGAUAGUUAUAUCUGUCAUCGGACGGCCCAGGCUUGGGAGAUUGCGAAACUUAUGAGGCAUGCUGCUGAGAGGGGGCAUCUGGUUCUUGGGCUGGGGGAUUUCAAUAUGGUGCCGUUGAGCUUGGCGCAUCAGUUGAUUGAAGCACAUGCGCCCGUUAAGGAUGUCUGGAGAAUCUUGAGGCCGGAUAGUGCUUUGGGAAGCUAUGAGGUUGAAGCUAGCAAAAGUGGUGCUCAGGUUGGCACUUGUCCGACGGCAGCUGCGUGCUUAGAGGAGCAUGGCACGACUUGUGAUUCGAAGUUUAAUACGUGGAGAUGGAGCAAGCAGAUGCAAAAGGAUCUUGAUAAGGGCAAAGACUCCACGGUCGAUCCGCAAGCGCAAGAUCCAAGAGCGAAGCGACUGGACUACAUCUUCUUUGCAGACAAUGCAGCGACAACCGGACAGCAAUGGCAAGUGAUCGAUGUCAAAGUCGGCAUGACUAUGCGCCAUCCGACGUUGCGGUGUUCAUUGAGUGAUCACUUCUCCAUUGAAACGACACUAAUUCGACAACCGAUGCCGAAAGACCAAUCUUCGCUCCCAAAAUCUCCUAUACGAUAUUUACCACACAGCACGUACCUUGCCAUCCAAACCAUGAUCGCCCAAUACGACCGUCGCGAACGGAAGCAACGCAAGUAUCGAAUCGCACACUUCUUCCUGCAAUUCGGCAUCUCUAUUGGGUGUUUAAUCGCCGUAUGGUGGUCGCCCAGGAACUUCGUCUCCUUUCUCCUGAUGCUUCUGAGCACUCUCGGCCUCAGUGCUGGAGUCAUUGACGGUCUCAUGGGGUUCCUGUUCGUUGGAAGCGAGCUGCGUGCGCUGCGAGAGUUCAAGCAUGAGAUUGAGACUGCAGCCGAAAGAGCCAAAGAUGAAGUCCAGAACCGGAAGGAUGAAGAUGAGAGGAGUCCGCAGACUGCAAGAAUUUCUUAG